AUGAGCCACCCCGAGGUGCUUUGGGACAAGCCCGGGGACAAGCAGCAGCCAGCCCCGCACGGCCCCGUGCUCGGGUUGCCGGGCAAGUGCGAGGGAGGGCAGCACCGGUACUGGCAGCGGCGGCACCGGCAGCAGCGGCAUCGGCACCGGUCCGGGACCGGCCCCGCGAUGCCGCCGCUGCCCGCCUGGCUCUGCCUGGCCGCGCUGCUCCUGACCCUGCCCGCCCCGGGCGCUGCCCGCCCCUGCCCCCGGCCCUGCCACUGCCCCCGGGCCGGGACCCUGCUCUGCCGGGAGCCCAGCACCGUGGGCAGCCUGGCCCCGCUGCUGGGAACCGGCGGCUUCACCGACGUCACCAUUGAGAACCAGCCGAGGCUGACGACCUUGACCCGCGCUGACACCAGGAUGCUGCGGGAGCUCAGGAGCCUCACCAUCUCCAGGUCGGGGCUGCAGCACAUCUCUGCCGACGCCUUCCUGGACACCCCCAGACUGAGCCACGUGAAUCUCUCUUCCAAUGUGCUGCAGAGCCUUUCCUGGAAAACCUUCCACCAUCUGCCCCUGCAAGAGCUCAUCCUGGUGGGAAAUCCCUUCAACUGCUCCUGCGGCCUGCGCUGGCUGCAGCUGUGGCAGAACGGGAGCCGGGCCGAGCUGGGGAACCAGUCCCUGGGCUGCUGGGAGGGCAAUGGGCUGGUGCCCCUGGGCAGCCAGAUCCUCAGUGCCUGCGACCCCCCGACUGUCCGCAUCGAGCCCCCCGAGGUGAUGCUGCGUCAAGGGGACAGCGUCAACCUCACCUGCCGCGUCACCGCCGAGCCACCGGCCACCGUAAAGUGGGUGGUCCCCGAGGUGGGACCCGAGCCACCCGUCACCACCAAGCUCUCGGACUGGGAGACCGUCCUGGAGAUCAGCAACGUCUCCUCCAGCCUCAACUACAAGGACUUGACGUGCCGGGCAGAGAACGCCGUGGGGCCGGCGGAGGACAGCGUGAUGCUCAAUGUCACCUUCCCCCCUGUGAUCCUGCUCCUGCACGAAGCCAUCCCCCAGCACUUCUGGUGCAUCCCCUUCUCGGUGGAUAGCAACCCCAUCCCCAGCAUCCGCUGGCUCUUCAAUGGCACGGCCCUGUUGGAGGGGCGCUACAUCCACACCCGCAUCGUGGAGUACGAGCACAACUCCACCGUCCUGCACGGCUGCCUCGACCUCAACCGUCCCACCCACGUCAACAACGGCAACUACACCCUCCUGGUGCACAACCCCCUGGGCUCGGCCGCCCACAGCGUCCAGGUGCGCUUCAUGGACAACCCCUUCAGCUUCAGCCCCGAGGAGCCCAUCCCCGUGUCUCUGUCCCCGCUGGGCACCAGGAACAGCUCGCUGGAGGGGCCCGUGGAGACGACGGAUGACCACACGUUUGGGGUCUCGGUGGCUGUGGCCCUGGCCGUGUUCACCUGCCUUUCGCUCUCUGUCAUGCUCAUCCUGCUCAACAAGUGCGGGCGCCGCUCCAAGUUCGGCAUUAACCGUUCAGCGGUGCUGGCCCGAGAGGACGACCUGGCCAUGUCCCUGCACUUCAUGAACCUGGGCAGCAGCCCCCUCUCCUCAGCCGAAAGCAAGCUGGAGGGGCUGAAGAGCAACUUCAUCGAGAACCCCCAGUAUUUCUGCAACACCUGCGUGCACCACGUGCAGCGGCGGGACAUCGUGCUGAAGUGGGAGCUGGGCGAAGGCGCCUUCGGGAAGGUUUUCUUGGCCGAGUGCUACAACCUCCUCCCGGAGCAGGAGAAGAUGCUGGUGGCUGUGAAGGCGCUGAAGGAGGUGACGGAAAGCGCCCGCCUGGAUUUCCAACGCGAAGCCGAGCUGCUGACGGUGCUGCAGCACGAACACAUCGUCAAGUUUUACGGUGUCUGCACCGAGGGCGAGCCCCUCAUCAUGGUCUUCGAGUACAUGAAACACGGCGACCUCAACCGCUUCCUCAGGUCCCACGGCCCCGACGCCAAGAUCCUGGAGCAGGGGCCGGGCCAGCCCCAGGGGCCGCUGGCCCUGGGCCACAUGCUGCACAUCGCCACGCAGAUCGCCUCGGGCAUGGUCUACCUUGCCUCCCUGCACUUCGUCCACCGAGACCUGGCCACCCGCAACUGCCUGGUGGGCCACGACCUGGUGGUGAAGAUCGGGGAUUUCGGCAUGUCCCGGGACAUCUACAGCACCGACUAUUACAGGGUGGGAGGCAGGACCAUGCUGCCCAUCCGCUGGAUGCCCCCCGAGAGCAUCCUGUACCGUAAGUUCACCACCGAGAGUGAUAUCUGGAGCUUCGGCGUGGUGCUCUGGGAGAUCUUCACCUACGGGAAGCAGCCCUGGUACCAGCUCUCCAACACCGAGGCCAUCGAGUGCAUCACUCAGGGGCGGGAGCUGGAGCGUCCCCGCACGUGCCCCUCCGAGGUCUAUGCCAUCAUGCAGAGCUGCUGGCACCGGGAGCCCCAGCAGCGCCGGCCCAUCAAGGAGAUCCACAGCCGCCUCCAGGCCCUCGUCAAGACCCCCCCCGUCUACCUGGACAUCCUGGGCUGAGCGGGGACCCCCACCCGCCCUCG